UGCAGCCCGCUCCCCGUCCUGACUCCCCGGUCUUGGCUACGUGUCGCCGACCCCCCGCGACCCCCGCCAUGGGCCUGGAGCUCUACCUGGACCUGCUGUCCCAGCCGUGCCGCGCCAUCUACAUCUUCGCCAAGAAGAACGGCAUCCCCUUCCAGCUGCGCCCCGUGGAGCUGCUCAAGGGACAGCAUUACACGGAUGCCUUUGCCCAGGUGAACCCGCUGAGGAAGGUGCCGGCCCUGAAGGAUGGGGACUUCACCUUGGCUGAGAGCGUGGCCAUCCUGCUGUAUCUGAGCCGAAAGUACAAAGCCCCUGACCACUGGUACCCCCAGGAUCUGCAGGCCAGAGCCCGCGUGGACGAGUACCUGUCUUGGCAGCACACGGCCCUGAGGAGCUGCUGCACCAGGGUCAUGUGGCAGAAGCUAAUGUUUCCUGUGGCAAUGGGCCAGCCAGUGCCCCCUGAGACGUUGGCAGCCACUCUGGCUGAAUUGGACAGAUGCCUGCAGAUGCUUGAGGACAAGUUCCUGCAAGACCAGGCCUUCCUCACGGGGCCCCACAUCUCUGUGGCUGACCUAGUGGCCAUCACGGAACUGAUGCACCCUGUCAGCGCCGGCUGCCAAGUCUUCGAAAGCCGACCCAGGCUGGCUGCGUGGCGCCAGCGUGUGGAGGCUGCAGUUGGGAAGGACCUCUUCCAGGAGGCCCACGAGGUGGUCCUGAAGGCCAAGGACAUGCCUCCCGUGGAUGCCACUGUGAAGGAGAAACUGAAGCACUCGGUGCAGGCUCUGCUGAAGUGAAGGGCCAAGCCCGAGCCUAUGGAGCCACGAAGGGAAACACCACGUUGUCCACACGAAGAGACGGGGCGACUGGUCCCCUUAAGCCUUAGGAGGAUGUGCCCACGGCUGUGGUCCCCUCCGGGGCACCGGGACAUUCCUUUUCAUGCUCUCACACCACCUGCGUGCUAACAUCAGCUCUCACCUGUCCUCUGAAACGAGCUUUGGUAAACAUUUACUUGGGCCCUGUCCCUCUUCUUUUGAAACCUUUUGUGGUUCCUCACUUCCCUGACCUCAAGUGUAAGCCAUUGAACUUGGCAGUGAAGACAUGACCCCCAUCCCUCCAAGCUAACACUCUUCUGGUUACAUUUGUUUGAGAGCUGCUCUCCCCUUGACCCCCUCUGGGCAGGGCUUCCCUCCCUCAGUCUUGACAGGCAGCUGACUCGGUGUCCCCAGGGCUCAGCAUAACAUGGAUGGCGGCUGUCCAGUGCCUGACUGGCCUCUGCACCUUGGGCCUUUCUCCAUCCCUCUGGGGCUGUGCCCUCUGCUGUGGGCGGGGCGCAGGGCUGGUUCAAGAACCUCUUUGAGGGGAGGGAAUCCCUGGCUAUAGCCUGACUCUCCAGGGUCGGCUGAGCAGGCUGCCCCAACCCUACUCCUAACCCUGACUGCUGUCUUCUCCACGUCCCAAGCUUGCCACCUUCAUGAUUGUCACACGGGACCUCUGCUGUAUGCGUCAUCCAAUAAACUGCUAU